UUUUAUUUAUUUUUUGGCCACCAGCCGCCAAUGACAUCUGAAUAUAAAUCUCGUGGUACAUAUAAAUUACAAAUAUUUACCAGUCUCUUCAUGCAUUGCACCGACUACAAUAAAAAGGUUCAUAUUUUGCCCAGAUGUCGCUCAUAGAUAUGAUACGCGCGUUCAAAAAAUUGCCGCUUGCUGAUGAUGUCAUUUGCAGGCCCGUAUAGGAGUUCAGAGUCAUUGUUAGGAUGGCUGUAUUAUUAGAAACCACGUUAGGAGAUAUUGUUUUUGAUUUAUAUACAGAGGAAAGACCGAGGGCUUCCUUGAAUUUUCUUAAAUUGUGUAAAAUCAAAUUUUACAACUAUUGUCUCAUUCACAAUGUUCAGAGAGAUUUUAUUAUCCAGACUGGUGACCCCACAGGCACUGGUCGGGGAGGUGAAUCUGUUUUCAGUAAACUGUAUGGUGAUCAAGCUAGGUUUUUUGAAGCCGAGAAAGUGCCCAGGAUCAAGCACAAGAAAAAGGGGACAGUGUCUAUGGUGAAUAAUGGCAACGACCGGCAUGGCUCUCAGUUCCUUAUUACUACAGGGGAAGCCCUGGAUUAUCUUGAUGGGGUUCACACAGUGUUUGGGGAGGUAACUGAAGGCAUGGAUGUCCUCAUGAAGAUCAAUGAGGCCUUUGUGGACAAGGAUUUCCUCCCUUUCCAGGAUAUCAGAAUAAACCACACAGUGAUACUGGAUGAUCCCUUUGACGAUCCACAAGGCCUGCCAAUACCUGAUCGCUCUCCUGAACCAACAAAGGAACAGCUAGAUAGUGGACGUAUAGGAGCUGAUGAAGACAUUGAUGAUGCCAAAGGAAAGAGUUUGGAGGAAGUGGAUGAAGUGAUCAAAGAAAAAGAAGCGAAAACGCAGGCCAUACUUUUGGAGAUGGUAGGUGACCUGCCUGAUGCAGAUAUUAAACCCCCUGAAAAUGUCUUGUUUGUUUGCAAACUGAAUCCAGUCACCACCGAUGAAGAUUUGGAGAUCAUAUUCUCUCGAUUUGGACUCAUCAAAAGUUGUGAAAUCAUUAGAGACUCAAAAACCAAAGAGUCCCUGUGCUACGCUUUCAUUGAGUUUGAAAAGGAAGAAGACUGUGAAAAGGCUUACUUUAAGAUGGACAAUGUGCUCAUCGAUGACCGGAGAAUACAUGUGGAUUUUAGCCAGUCUGUUGCUAAGAUUAAAUGGAAAGGAAAAGGUGGAAAGUAUACUAAGGAUGACUUCAAAGCCUAUGAGAAGGACCUGGACAAACGCUCCAAAUUGGCUCUAAAAGACAAAAUAAAACCCAAACAAGACUCCAAAUACGAUCUUCUUCUGGAGGAAGGUACAGAUGAGGCUGGGGGGAGCCAGUUGCAUUCUGGGAAAAAGCACAAAGAGAAGAAGCACCACUAUUCUGAUGAUGAGGAUGAAAGGAAGUCAAAGAAGUCCAAGCACCGCCGAGACAGCCUGGAGGAUCAGUACAGAGACCAGGGGAGGAAGGCCGAGCGACGCCGCAGUCAUAGCAGGAGUCGAUCCCGGGAAAGAGACAGCCACAAACCUAGCAAGUCAAAGGGGAACAGGGACCGGGACCGGGACAGGAGGGACAGGAGCCGGAGUCCAAGAAAAUGCAAAGACAAGGAACGCAGCCGGCACAGAUGAGGAGAACCCCCACUCACAGCGAUUCGACCAGGAAUCCUUGCCCCUUGUUUUUUUUGUUUGUGUUUUUUUUUUUUUUUUUAAAUAAAUGAAUUUAAUUUUCUUGCUGGUUUGUGAGCAAUGGACAUUGAAGGCUGCCUUGCAGGGAAAAUCUUCUUAGGCAAAAUCUGUUCAGCCUCCAUGUCCAAUGUGUUUUUUUUUUUUUUUAAACUACCUGCAAAGGUACUGGCCAAGUUCUAAUCGUGCAGCUGUGCUUUACACUGAGGGCUAAGUUAAGAACUAACUGUUUUUAACCUGCAUCAGUGAAGAGUUGUACCUAGUCAGGGUAACUCUCUCUUGCUACUUCAUAGUUUAUAAAUAUCAUCAUCUGAUAUGCACCUGAGAUUUUUUAAUAAACUACAGGAAUAUUGGUUGUUACUUUUGUAUUAAAUGAAUGCUUGUAAUAGUGACCUUUUAUGGCUAGCUCUUUAAAAAAAUAAAUAAGUAAAUAAA